AUGCUUGCAUGUGUGGGAUUAUUUAGUCUGACUCGAGGCACGGCUGAAGAAGCAAGUGAAGAGUCGCCUAACUCUACUCAAGGCGAGCCUGAUUUUACUCAAAUCGAUUCGAUGACGAUGAAGUUGGCAGAUACGACGAGCAUAGAAGACUCCUACCAUCUUCACGUUGUUACUGAUUCUAUAAUUCUCGAGGGAAAUGCCGUUAACCGAACCUUCAUUUUGAUGCAGGUUGCGAAAGGGCGUGAGUUUGAAUGUAAAGUCAGACAAACCCUCGAUGAGCUAUUUGACAAGGCGAAAAUGAACCCGGCAUAUGAUGGAUCUACUCCUCUUUCUAUUAUAAUCGAAUGGCGCGAUGAGAUAAACUCGAAGCUGGAUUUGAGCUUCUGGAAUUCAAGGCUUAGUGAGGCGCGGGUUCGGGCCAAGCACAGUCUUGCGGUUUUAGUGGACUGCCCAUUACACUAUAAUAACCACACGGGCUAUGAGCCGCUGCUGGAUUGUGUGUUCCUGGGAGAUACGAAUUACUUUAUACGCCUCUAUUGGCUGGUGAAGACUCCUGCACCCAAGGACUUUGAUAUAAACGUCGGGGCGAUUUCUGCUAUAGUCUAUGAUGUGUCAUUCACCAUAGUUACUGUCGUGGUUGAUAGCAGCAAAAUUAAACGCAUCGCUUUCAAUACGGCAAACUAUUCGAGUAGCAGUAUAAUGGAUCUGAGCCUGCUGUAUGUCUACUGGCCUAAUGUAGAGAUAAUGGAAAACCCCAACCUAAAUAGAAAUCUUAAAAUUGCGCAACUAAUAAUAGACUAUAAAGGGUGGGAUGGUAUGGCUAAAAGCCUAUUAAACUUUUCUGGGGCCUGCGUACCAUUCAUUGAGCUUAUGUUGACCGUCGAGACGAAAGAUUUCAGAUUUACAGUGCUUAUCAAAAAGACCUCUGUUGAUGACAUAAAUUACAUUGAUUCCUUUGAUGUGGCGUGGAAAGGUUUAACUCAGGAACAAGACAUAGAUGAUAAAGCUAUUUUUGAAGUACUCAAAGAGAUCCGACAGAAACUAAACGUGGGUGAUAAUAACAAUGUGAAGUCAAAGGUGUUGGUUUGCUGUGGUGACGACCCCGAGGACUUCGAUCGUAAUAGCAAAAAUGACAAAACUGACGAAUUCAUGACUUAUCUGAACAGUGUUGAUUCGAGUGGGAAUGCUGGGGAGGACAGUAGUGCCAUGAGUGGUGGUCAUUCUUAA